CUAGCAGCAGCCGCACAUCCCUGCGCUCCGCUCCUCCUAACUCUGGGAUCCUUGCUCUGGAAUUCCUCCUCUGGAUCCUCCUUGACAUUGGCCGAGGCAAAAAAUAAAAAGAAAUUUCCAAAAAUAGCAAAAACUGCAGCAUCUAACCGCCCCCCCCCCCCCUCUCCACCUCCUCGUACUCAUGAGAUUCUUACUUUGGGAAACUGCAGGAAGAUCUUGAUCUCUUCGCCUCCUUGGAAUUGUGGGAUUAAAAAAAAAAGAAAAAAGAAAGAGACAGAUUUUUGUUUUUUAAUGGUUUUAUUUUUGUCCGCCUUUUUGGCUAGAAUUUUUUGGGAGCAAGUUCUUCAUCUCUUGGAAGUGUUUCUAUAAGAUUUGGGUUUUAUUUUUUAUUUUUUUUUGCAUUGUGAAGUGGUGACCAUGGUUUGGAGGUUGCAAGCAGAUAGGAACCAGUUGCCUCGCCUGCUUCUAAGACUCCUCUUCCUUCUCCCUACAGGACUGCCUGUCCGCAGCGUGGAUUUUAACCGAAGCACAGAUAACAUCACUGUCCGGCAAGGAGAUACAGCUGUGAUCAGAUGUUUCAUAGAAGACAAGAGCUCCAAGGUGGCAUGGUUGAACCGCUCAGCCAUUAUUUUUGCUGGACAGGACAAAUGGUCUCUUGAUCCCCGGGUAGAACUGGACAAGAGAAGCGUUCUUGAGUACAGCCUCCGCAUCCAGAAAGUGGACGUCUAUGACGAGGGACCUUAUAUUUGUUCAGUGCAGACACAGCAUCACACCAAGACAGCCCAGGUCUAUCUGAUUGUCCAAGUUCCACCAAAGAUCUCCAACAUCUCCGCGGACAUCACUGUGAACGAAGGAAGCAACGUGACUCUGGUGUGCAUCGCUAAUGGACGCCCAGAUCCAAUCAUCACUUGGAGGCAUCUGAACCCAACAGCCAGAGACUUUGAAGGAGAAGAGGAAUAUCUGGAUAUCCAAGGCAUCACUAGGGAGCAGUCUGGAAAAUAUGAGUGCAAGGCGGCCAAUGAAGUAGCUUCAGCUGAUGUAAAACAAGUCCGGGUCACUGUGAACUAUCCCCCUAUGAUAACCGAGUCCAAGAGCAUCGAGGCCAUCACAGGCAAGCAGGCGUACCUCCGCUGUGAGGCCUCAGCUGAGCCCAAGCCGGACUUUGAGUGGUAUAAGGAUGACACAAGGAUAAACAGCGCACAGGGUCUGGAGAUCAAGAGUAUGGGGAACCGAUCCACUCUGAUGGUUGCAAAUGUCACUGAGGAGCACUAUGGAAACUACACCUGCGUGGCCGCUAACAAGCUGGGUGUCACCAACACCAGCCUAUUCCUCUAUAAACGUGUCAUCCCCACAAAACCUAUCCGUGCCGCAGGACCUGGAACGGUGAUAGCAGACAAUGGAUCCACCAGCCUGGCUGCUUCCAUCUGGCUAAUGGCUAUUUCCCUCUUCUGCCUAAUUUGCAAAUGUUAAUAAAAUACAUAUAUACAAGAAAAAAAAAAAGAAAAUACAGAAAAAAGUAAUACGGGAGAGGAGGAGAGAGAGACGGGACUGUUUCUUUCACAAAGUGUGCUGAGAAGCAAUGGAAAAAAAACAUACAUUGGGGAAAAAAAAUCUAAAAAAAAAAAAUUACAAAGACCAGAAAAUUCUACAAAAAACCAACAACCUGCAAGACGAAGGGACUGAAAUCCGUGUCAAGAACCAAUUACCGCUGAGAACAUUGAAAUGUUGUAAAAAUUUUGUUUUCAAUUUUUUUCCUGUCUUUUUCUUUUCUCGGUUUGAGAUUCUUUUCAUGUAAUUGUCUAUCUCUGGUGUUCCAGCCUCUCUCUCUCGCUCAUUCCCGAUGGACUCUUAUUAACGAUAAGAUUUACCCUGAUUUUCUGGUGUCCCUCAGCCUUUUUGGAGUAGGAAACUUUUUCAAGUUCCUCCUACCACAAAGAGGUUCUAGCAUCGCCUGGACUGCGUGGUCAGUAGAUGGCACGCUAGGAGGACACGCAUUUUACCUUGAUGACCUCACUACCUAUAGGACGUGCUAUCACAUUGAGCUUGGUUUUUUGUAGAGACUUAGGGCGGCAACGCCUGACCCUACUAAGGACACAUGACUAUGAUAAUAUAUAUGAUGAUAGAGAGAUUAGUUUUGUAAAAUUUGAUCCUUCUGAGGUCUUUCACCACUUGACUGCAAUGAACUUGGUGUCCUCCACGUGACAUCUACAUUCUCCACAAGUUGAGCGUCCAUGUUUAAUCCCUUUGCCUCUAGGUCCACCACAAAAGGCACAACACUCUUAUAUCUGUCCUGAUGACUCAUGUUGGGUUCUAUGCUCAACAGUUUAAUCCAUCUCCUUUUCUCUAUUUUAGAGACAACCGGGAUGGUACACCAGACACACCAGCGCACACCCAGAAUUGAACAAAAACAUACUAAAGGGGCAAAGGGUUUAAAACCCCUUCUGGGCUCAAAUCUUACAGGGACUGCUUUUCUUGCCUGCUUCUCGUGUGUGUGCGUGAGUGUGUGCAAAGCUUGCCGUAGGGACACUAACACAUAUCAAAAACAAACAGGGUUUUGUUCAUAGAGAGCCGGUUGCCACACUAUUAAAUACUUUUUUUUGCAUGAUAGGGUAAGGAGCCUAUAGGCACCAGGAGAGCAUCCAACCAAUAGCCAUAGGGUAUAAUUUGUAUAAUGAUUGCUCUUGACCCAACUGGAGUGCUUUAUCGAUAAACCAUCUCCGUAGAACCUUGCAGAUCACCAAUGGCUUUUCCAACUAGCAUCUUAACUCAUGUACCACAAGAUUUAGGGAAAGGAAUGACCUGGCCAUUAGACAAGCAUUAUUUCAGCCGCAGACUCGGGCACACAGAUUAAAGGGGUGCUGAGAACAAAUUGGUUUUACAGGGUUUUUCUUAAAAAACAAAAUCAUUUUCAUACCUCAGACUGAUAGUCUCAUAAGUAGCAUUGACGUGUGGUAUUGAGGUUGUGACGUGAUUUACGCAUAUCUAUCAGAGUACGAUGGAGUCUUCUUAUAUAAGUUAGAGGUGGAGGGCAAAUCUUCCUGGAAGCAGUUCAACAAUCAUGAAGUGAUCAUUGGAUGAUAUUCCUGAAGCUUAGGGAAGAGUUUUUGAACUAUGUUGUCUUUAUAUAGUAAGAUGAAAAAAAUAUAUAUUUUUUUUAAUGGUAAAUCAUUGGCCCCUUGAGUCAGCUCUUUACAUGGACCGUGGUGGUUAAUGAUGACUCCACACUGAACUUCUGAUGUCCAUCAGAUAAAUAUUCAUGGCAGAUGUUGGUUGAAUUAACUUAUUAGUUGAAUAAUCCAUAUUGACUGUCUUAUUUCCUAUUGAAACCUAGACAAACCAUUGGAAAAAGUAAGGAGUUUUAGACAACAUGGGGUACAGAUGUGUCCUACCUUACCUUGCCUCUUGGAUCAGCAUAUCUUCAGAUGUGUAACCCAGAUGACUAACAUGAGGAGAAAAAAACAUGAUUUCAAGACACUCUGUUGGGAGUUUUUAUGCUAUAUAUGAACACCCAGUGGUUGUGAUGUGUACUAAAGCCUGUCGAGGUUUUGACUAAUAUGCUGCAAUUUUUGCUCUGAAUUUGUAUUGUGAGAAAUCGAGGUUGUUAACCAGUUUUGUGAAAGGGUAAGGGUGGACACAUCUUCCUAGCUGGUGGCUCAUGGAGUCGAAGCUCUACUCAUUGGAUGGUCAAAGUACUAUACAUCCCAAAUUGACUUGUAAUAAUAGUUUGUUCCCAGAUUUAAGGUCUUAAUUUCACAGCCAUCAUCUCCCAUGCUCAAUUUGUUCUUGAAGCAAUUUUAACAAUUUCAUAAAGAUUAAGAGAGUAUCUAUUAUAUUGACUGUGCCCUAUACUUCCUAUAGGAAAUAGAGUUAGAGUUUUAUUAUACAUUCAAUGUGGCUCCUUCUUAUAGUAGAAGUAACUUGAGGAGGUAGGAUAUAGCUGGUGGCCCGUUGAGUCACUGCUCUACUUGAUGAGUGGUCAGAGCACGGAAAAUGCUAGUUAUAGUCCCAAAUCUACUUAGAAGAAAAAUAUCAACUUUACCUGAAAAGGACUAUUUUACUCAUGGUCACGUCUAUCAGCUAAGGUGCAGAGAUCAUUUUUUGGCAGUAUCUGCUACAAGAGGGAUCAGAAUUUACAGUUAUGGCUAUUAAAUUGGUGUUUCCACCUUGACUCCAGCACAGCUCUAAGUUUUGCCCUUUUGACUCGUGUGUUGGCCACAACGUAGGAGACGCUUUGCAAGUUUUCUUCUAUUCACCAUCAAAUGGAUUUGUCCAACUUAUCCCAGUGGUGGGUAUUUUCACAUUUGGCAAGAGAGGAAUUGAGCCGGCCAAGUCCAUAAGAAUCAGCAAUUGUUCCUCCAUGAACUUCCCCCAUUCCCGUUUUGGCAUCUACUUGCCAGGUCUGAAUUGUUCACAUCACACAUUAGAUGCACAUUAAAUAUAUGUAACUAUUGUGAAACGUGUGUUAUUCUUUGCAGUGCAUGAAAGAACAAAUGUAUUUGUAGAGGGGGUUACUUUCGAGAGUCGUCAUAUUUCCUGCGCUGUAGAACUGUCAUUGAAUAAAGUUUAUGUCAUCUCUAUUAUCCACUAGUUUUGAGGUCCAUGGGAAAUGGUUUUGCUCUGUAUUCAGUAUGUAGUGCCUUUGAAGUGACAUUAUAAUGAAGCAUUACUUAAAUGAUUGUACAUAUGGUCCUCUUGGGGUUGAGUCUUAUAAGGUAGACGCCAUGACUGUCUGCUUUGUCUAAGACAUUUCUUGGUAAAUUUAUGUCUUGCACCAUUCUCCACCCAAAAUUUCAACUAAUGCCCAAUAUUUGUAGUGGACAGUUUUUCAGAUGAUCAUAACACGACUGCACCUUAGCUUCUGUAUUACGAUCUCAACACCUCAACCCCCCCCCCCCCCCCCCCAUGGUUCUACACCGAAAGAAAAACUUAAAGGAAUAUUCCAG